UUUUAGAUGCAGAGCCACCCAUCCCAUCCGAUUUAGUUAUCCUUUCUCUAGCUCUGGUAGUCAUGGCAACUGUUGAGCAUGUGUUCAUGAAAACAAGUGGCCAGUCAUUCUUCAAAAUGCAGAGUCUAACUACACAGUGAUCUGGGACGCCAUCUUACAUUGAUCAAACGUCAACCGCUGGUUAUCAUGAGCGGAAUUAAGCCACAAACCGAUGCGUCCGUUGCAGAAACAGGUCAAAGUACAGUGACUUCUCGAGAGCUCAAGCCGACUAGCGGGGUGCUGAAGAGACUGCGGUCCAGGCGCAGCCAGGUGGAUACUAGGCCGGUUACUGAAGAUGAGCUCCGCGAGCAGGGUCGGAAUAUCACAUCUGAGGACGUGCUUGGACUUCGCGCGGCCACACGGGAUUAUCUGUGCAAACCAGAGGACAACAUCUACAACAUAGAUUUCACCCGCUUCAAGAUAAGGGACUUGGACACAGGCACUGUGCUGUUUGAGAUUGCUAAACCACCCCAUACUGUGGAGGAUGAGGAGAACAGGGAGGCAGAUUCCAGCACUGGGCGGUUUGUGCGUUACCAGUUCACCACCGCCUUCCUAAAGUUGAAAACAGUGGGAGCCACAGUGGAGUUCACAGUGGGCCCACGACCCCUAAACAGCUUCCGCAUGAUCGAGAGGCACUACUUCAAGGAGCACCUCCUCAAGAGCUUCGACUUCGACUUUGGCUUCUGCAUUCCCAUGAGCCGCAACACAUGCGAGCACAUCUACGAGUUCCCACAGCUGUCGGACAGCAUGAUUCGCCAGAUGGUGGAUCAUCCAUAUGAGACACGUUCUGACAGCUUCUAUUUCGUGGACAACAGACUGGUCAUGCACAACAAGGCUGACUAUGCUUACAAUGGAGGUCAGUGAGGUGAGAGAGAGAGAGGGAGAGAGAGAGAGAAGGAAAGAGGGAGAGCGAGAGAGAGAGACAGAGAGAGAGAGGAAGGGAGGAGAGGUCCGAGGGGCUGGCAGUUACUUCUACAGUGGAAAUGAACUUUUCCCUCAUUUCAUCCCUUCAGGCCACAAUACUCAAUUUCCUUAGAGCAAAAUGAAUGUAACAACCCCCAAGUUAUGUUCCUCAGCCAGGUCCAUGUGUGCAGUGGCAUGUUAGUUAUCUGCCUUGCGGCUCCACAGCUGAAUUAUCUAUACACAACAAAUGUUUAAAGGGAUCCACUCCACACAGUGCUGUCAGAGGAAAGCCUGUCCCCUUGCCAUCUUGUGAUCCCUCCUUUUCCUUUCCUUCAAUACUUGAAUGUGAGUCAUCAUCAUUGAGCUGGGUUCUUUUUUUACUGAAUGUCACUAUAGUUAGAGUUUUUCCUAGCUGUCCGAAGCAUGCAUACAAAGCUUCUGUGUGGUGUAUGUGUGUGUGUGUGUGUGUGUGUGUGUGAGAGAGAGAGUGGCUAAUCACUCUUUUCUAUGAAAAGGAUGCUCAUAGCCAAUGGGAGAAGGUGUAAGAGGCCUCCUCUCUGACGCUAUCGCCCUCACCUGUCAUGUUUUGUGUGCCGUGAUUGCAGGGCGGUAUUUGAUAUUAUUAUUAGUGUUCCUGUAGCUCACUUGCACACAUGGCCUCUUCAGCUGUCUGUCAGUGGCAGGUGUACUUGAUGUUACACUUAGAGAGAGAGAGAGAGGUGUUGAGUGAGCACACAACACAAACACACACACACACACACACACACACACACACACACCUCACUGUCAAACUCACAUGGCCGCCCACACACUUAUACACCCUUUCACAGAUUCGGCAGUUUCACAGAGUGUGGCAGAUGUCUGUGUCAAGAACGAUCAAUUAUCUGAGCUUGCUCUCUCUCUCUCCACCACUAAUCUGAGUGUGUAACCUGACACUGUCAGUACAGGAAAGAAAAUACUCCUACAUUCCUGCCAUGUUCAAAACACUUGGCCAGUGAGCCUUUUGUUUUCAACUGAUUUUGUGGUAGAAUGCCUGGUACACAAUAUGUUGUGUGUGUGUGUAUGUGUGUGUGUGUGUGUGUGUGUCAGACAUUGAGAAUGAUUUGAUUGGAGUGCAAUGUUUCGAUUUUCUCUUGGGGUGUAGAUGUCGAGCAAUUGCAAAUUUUCAGUUUGUAAAUAGCCUAAAAUGUCAACUACAAAUCUGAACAAGUACGACUAAGAAUGUGAACCCUGUUUAUAAUGUCUUUGUGUGAGCGAGGCAGGUGUGUACUGAAAGGAUAUUAGUUACAUGGACUAGGAACGAUCUCGUAGCAUAGGACAAAGAGAACUUGCUGUUUUUGUAGUCUCCUCUUGCUGUGUACAGUGACUUGCUGCGU